ACAGUGGCCGCGCAGGACAUGGAGUUGGCGGCACUCAAGCAGAAGUGCAAGCGGUGGCGCGAGUCGGCCAAUCUUAGCAACAGAGAACUCGUGAGCAAUAAGUUUGUACUCCAAAGAGUCGAAGCCAUGUACGAGUCGUCGGCCGCUGUGGUGGCGGACAUUGUCGAAGACAUCGCCCGGCGAGCGAUUAAUGGCGUCAAUCGGCAGUUGCAGGACAUGACCGAAGCCCAGACGGCGGCCGCAGCCGACAGAGUGCGACACAUGUGGGCCCAGAGAGUAGUCAUCGAUGGAAAGGCCAACGAUAUGACCAGAGAUCCCAAUAAAUUUCAGUGCCCGGAGUGUCGGAAGGAAUAUAAGGGCCACAUCUGUCUCGUCAAACACAUCGCGCGAACGCAUCCGCGGGUGACACCGAUGGACACGACCGGCGCCACCACCGCCUCAGCCCCGGUCGCCGCCGUCUCAGCUCCGGUCGCAGCCAAUGAUAUUGUCAUCGAAGAGAUCAGUCUCAGUGAUGAUGAGUGA